GGUAGUAUACAUACGUACAAAUUGUAGAGAGGUAAAGAGGGAAGGAAAAAGUUAAGACAUACAUACACGCCCAAAAUCCUCUUUCGUCACUCCUCUCCCAGGUUUCUUCUUCUCUCUCUAACUUCCUUCUUUGCUCUCUCUCUUUAUCUCUCUCUCUCCUGCAUGGCCGUCCCGAAAAUCCAAAUUUCAUAAUUAGGGCUCAGGGGGAGAAACAUAAUCGAUCGCUGCUGAAAACCGCGUUAAGAUGUAAUUUUAGGGCUUUGAAGGGUUAUCUUGACGGGAAUCGAGUCAAUUGCGGACUACUUUAUUAUUGUAAUUAAAUCUAGAAUUGGUAUUAGGGUUUUGUCGCGCAUGAAGGGUCCGCUGGAUCGAACGAAGGUGGUGCUGCGGCACUUGCCGCCGACGAUUUCUCAGUCAAACCUUGUCGACCAUAUCGAUUCUCGCUUCUCCGGCCGCUACCAUUGGCUUACUUUUCGCCCCGGAAAAUCUAGCCCAAAGCAUCUAAAAUACGGUAGAGCUUACAUUGACUUCAACAAGCCAGAUGAUGUGAUUGAGUUUGCUGAGUUUUUUAAGGGCCAUGUCUUUGUCAAUGAGAAAGGAACACAGUUUCGAACAAUUGUUGAGUAUGCUCCUUCACAACGUGUUCCAAAACAGUGGGCCAAGAAGGACGGCCGCGAAGGGACUAUAGUUAAAGAUCCUGAAUACUUGGAGUUCCUUGAAUUUCUUGCAAAGCCCGUUGAGAAUCUUCCCAGUGCAGAGAUACAGUUGGAGAGGAAGGAAGCAGAACGAGCUGGUGCUCCAAAGGAUGCUCCUAUAGUCACCCCGUUAAUGGACUUUGUUCGUCAGAAAAGAGCUGCGAAGGGUGGAGCUCGGAGGACUGUGUUGAAUGGGAAGCCAGCUAGAAGAGUUGGUGGAAUGUCAUCUAGAAAUCCAGUCUCUGGUUCUUCGAAAAGAGGCUCAGAGAAGAGGACAUCUACUACCAUGUAUGUAUUAAGGGACAGUUCCAAGAUUAUGGGCAACAAAGAUAAAUCGACUUAUUCAUUGGUCCGUAAACAAGAUGAUCAACAGCUGAAUGACAAGUCUAUCAAUUCAGCAUCUAUAUCAGGAAAUGAAGCAUUAGAAGGGGAAAAUGCAGGUACAGGAUCCACUGGUACCGGGAAGAAGAAAAUCCUACUUCUAAAAGGAAAAGAAAAGGAAAUUCCUAAUAUUUCCGGCGGUCCGCUACUGCAACAAAACACAGUCUCUCCUGAAAAAGCUUCUGCCCCAAGACAUAAUCAGCAGCGUGAAGCUAGUGGAAAGAUAAUCAGGAGCAUUCUUCUUAGCAGGGAUAGUCGUCAAAAUCAACCAUCUUUGGGAUCACAAUCAGAACUACGUAUCCAGUCUUCUAAUCAGGAAAGAGACAAGAAACCUCCUCGACCCCCAAGUCUGCAAUCACUUCAGAAGGAUGCAAAUGGGACUCCUGAAGAUAAGUUAGUCUCCAAUGAUUUGCAUGCUGUCCCCACAGAGAAGCAGGAAAGGCGGGCAAGGAACAAGGAUAGACCUGAUCGUGGUGUUUGGACUCCACUUCGCCGUUCGGAUGGAUUACAUUCAAGUGAUGAAUCAUUAUCCCUGUCUGCUUCACAGACAUCUGAAAUAGGGGAUUCUGCAGAAGGAACUCAUGUAGAAUCGAAACAAGAUAUGCUGGUCACUCGUGGAGGUGAAUUCAGACCCCUAGGAGGUGGUCGUGGUAGGCAUUACUCAUCUGACAAUGGAAAUACUGUAGGGCCUUAUAGGCAUGGGGUUCGCCGUGGCUCAGCUUAUAAUGCGAAGGAAGCAGAUGGCUCUUCCAUUGUAGAGGGAAAAUCUUCGAAAAGGGGAGGUUCUUCUGGCUAUGGUUCUCAUGAGGUUUGGAGAUUGCUACAAUUGAAACACUAUCAGUUUGAUCAUUCAGUUGUAUUGCAUAUUUGCAUGCUUAUAUAUAUUUCCAUAAAAUUACAGAAACAAGUGUGGGUCCAAAAGUCCAGUUCAGCUACAUAGUUUGGUUGCAUAUGGUGAGCUUCGUUCUUAAUGACUGCAUUUACCUUUGAUUUUGAUUCUCUUGUCUCUUUUAGUCAAAUAUAGUCAUUAUAACUGACAUAAGAUAUUAUCUAUCUCUUUAUGCACAAGAUAGUACUGGCUCCAGAUUACAUAAUAAGUAAGACCAGUUAAUCUUAAACUCACUAGUGUUAGGUAGUGUAGGUUGUAUCUAGUUUCAUGCAGAGAAUCUCCAUCCAGUUUAUAUUUUUAUUUCACAACUCAUGAUUUCUGGGCCAGCCCAUGGAAAGUUGAGGUAAUCGUGUAUCAAGAUUAAGCAUUCUUGAUCUCCGUGUCUACCAAGCUUCAUAUGAAAAUGGUGAUUGAAGCCAUGUGGUACGUACUGUAUUAUUUACACUAGGAACUAGGGUUGAUUGCAGCAAUAACAAUGUUUACCCUAAAUUUGUAUUUUUCGCAUAACUUUUAAAACAUUGCAAUUACAACAUCACUGUUCAACUUUACGCCAUUACAACAUCUUUAAUUAUGAAACAACGCAAAUCUGCUGCUGGAGAAGUUGGGGAUGUUCUAAUUGCAAAAAUGUAUAAGGUGGUGUUGUGAUCGCAAUGUUUUAAAAGUUGUUUGGAAAUUGCAGAUUUGGAUGAAUGGUGUUUUAUUUGCAGCAAUGAACCCUUUAAGCAAUCAAUUGGAUACUCAUGUGAUUGAAGCUACAGUGCUGAUUUAAAUUUGACUUUAAAAGAGUGCUGAAGUGUGUUUAUGAUGUUUGGGAGUUAUGGCAAUCUAUCCCCCUGUGCAACUCAUUUAUUAUUCAUGCUCUUUUGAGGCCUAGCACUAAAUCUUAGGUGACUUCACUAGCUCAGAAAGCUAAAAUUUUGCAAUGAUCUGAGCCAGUGUUUUGAAAUGGGUGCUUGUGCAGUGAAAUGCUUUCGUGGAUUGCCAUAUUGAAGCAUAAACCAGGAGUGUUCUCUUGCCCGACGGAAUAUCCUGCAAAUGCAGGGUAUAUGGAGACAGAUGUCUUUUGCUUGGAAGACCAUAGAGGCCUUCAGUUUUGCCUGAAUGCUACAGAUGGUGUAUUUACAGCUUGGUUGAUUAAGGAAUUAUGAUCCUAAGUUGAAGAUGGUCAGGGAAAAGAGCAAGAAGUUGAGAAAGUGAAUAUGUCAAGCAUAUAACACCACCAUAUUGAUCGGUGUCCCCCUUUGGUAGGUUUAUACUAAUUGACAGGGCUAUGCAUCUCCAAUUCUUGCCAUUGAUUCACUGGCUAUCAAGGAUGACUUCUCGUUCGCUGAACUGUAAAUACAAAUCUGAAGUGGGGUGUACUGCUACUGCUCUAUAUAUAUGUUUUGUCCAGCGGUCUUCUAUCUGGUUCAGUAAAUUUACGAUUAUAGACCCCGGUUAGUACGGGGAUUUACUGUAUCCAGCUUUGUUUAAACCCAGUUGUAAGUGGUUUUAGUUGUAUCCAUACGAACUAUAAACUUUGUGUGUAUCUUGAGGAAAGGGAAUUAGGAAUGACUGCCAGCGCUGGACAGUGCUUUGACCUCAAUGGUUGUUGGUUUGGAUGAAAUAGAAUGAGCUUUUCAUGGCA